AUGAAUUCUGAUUCUAGCUCGAGCAGAGCUUCCUCGCCAGACAUGGAAGGGAUCUAUCUCCGAGACCAUCACCUGCAAGACGCGCGCCUCAGUACAGUGUCUUCCACUCAGAACGAAAUCAUACAGAAGAUGACGAGCGAACACAUCUCCAGGACCGGUGACAAAGCACCGGCGGGGAGCAAGUACAAACUCAAGAAGCAGGUCACCGAGCAAGAGAUACAACAGCUCAGGCUGAAAAUCAACGGCCGCGAGCGUAAGAGGAUGCACGACUUGAAUCUGGCAAUGGACGGACUCAGAGAGGUGAUGCCUUACGCGCACGGGCCAUCCGUGAGGAAGCUGUCAAAAAUCGCCACCCUCCUGCUCGCAAGAAAUUACAUACUGAUGCUUACGAGCUCCUUGGACGAGAUGAAGAGGCUAGUUGGAGAAAUUUAUGGGGGACAUCACUCAGCGUUUCACUGCAGUUCAGUUGGUCACUCCGGCGCUCACGCGGCCCACACCGGUAACCCUACUCACCAGGUGCACCCGUUACUCGGAAGUGCGCUUUCUUCCACCACGUCGUCCACUCUCUCCACGACUUUACCCGGACUUACCGCCAUCAGAGCCCCCCAUUCCCUGCUGAAGAGUGCCCCCACGCCUCCACUUCCGCUCGGGAGCGGUUUCCAGCACUGGGCAGGUUUACCUUGUCCUUGCACCAUUUGCCAGGUGCCCCCUGCUCCUCAUCUUCCUAUAACUUCAGCUGGGCUAACGAGACUUUCAUCCGAGAAUAAGGACGUAAUGAAGUAA